AUGCAAAUUUCGUUCAUUUAGAAAUUUAUAAUUAAUUAAAUAAUAAUUAAAAAGCAAUUCCUUAAAUAAAAAAAAUUCACUGCUAUUUGUUUGAUCGCUUUAUUAGCUUUAACCUCUGUUAAAGCUGAUGCUAAUACUGAUGUUGCUAACUGUAUUUAAAAUCUUCCUAAGCCUUGUGCUUCUGGAGCUGGAGCUUAAGAUGACACUUGUCCUAGAGCUUAUAUUGCCUACGGUGCUUGCAUUAGUUAAAACUGCGCUUCAAAGGCAUAAAACUUAAGUGAUUAUGCUAGUUGCCUUAAGUCAUCAUGUAAAUCUGAUAAUGCUAAUGUUCAAAAGUACAUUGAUGGACAAAUUUCUUGUAUUUAUGGUAGUUUAUUAAGCUUGACUACUUUGAUCCUUGCUGCUUUUGCUUUAUUUUUCUGA